AGGCGUCCGUGGCCUCUAAGACCCGACAGAAGCCUGGGCGCGGGAUCUCGAGCAUGCGUGGCAACGAUUUGUGCAGCUGGCUGUUGCCUUUCGCGGAGCCGCCACUCAAGGCUGGGAAAAGGAGGUGGGAGUUAGAAAUAUUUUGCAAGUUAAGUUCUUGACCAAGCAAUACUUUACCUUGCUGGAUCGGGGUGGGAGUCCGCUGGAAAGUCCCUGCCUUUAAACUGAGCACUUUCUCUGUCCUGGAUCUGCUCGAUAGGAUCAACUGGAGAAGGGCUGUUUUGUAGCCCACGCGGUGAGCGUGGUCGCUGGAGUCGGGGCUGUUGGUAAGAGGAUGUAGCGAGGCCGAGGAUGGGGCUUAUUGCCGGGAGGAGCUCACAAUGGCCAGAGAGGACUCCGUGAAGUGUUUGCGUUGCCUGCUCUAUGCCCUCAAUCUGCUCUUCUGGUUGAUGUCCAUCACUGUGUUAGGAGUUUCUGCCUGGAUGCGGGACUACUUGAACAAUGUUCUCACUUUAACUGCGGAAACAAGGGUAGAGGAAGCUGUUAUUUCCACUUAUUUUCCAGUUGUCCAUCCAGUCAUGAUUGCAGUUUGCUGCUUCCUUAUCAUUAUUGGGAUGCUGGGUUAUUGUGGGACAGUGAAAAGAAACCUCCUACUGCUUGUAUGGUAUUUUGGAAGUUUACUCGUCAUAUUCUGUGUGGAACUGGCCUGUGGUGUUUGGACUUAUGAGCAGGAAAUUCCGGUCCCUGUGCAGUGGUCAGAUAUGGUCACUUUAAAAGCCAGAAUGACCAAUUAUGGCUUACCUAGAUAUCAGUGGCUUACUCAUGCUUGGAAUUUCUUUCAGCGAGAGUUUAAAUGCUGCGGAGUAGUGUACUUCACUGACUGGUUGGAAAUGACAGAGAUGGACUGGCCACCAGAUUCCUGUUGUGUAAGAGAGUUCCCAGGAUGCUCCAAGCAGGCACACCAUGAGGAUCUUAGUGAUCUUUACCAGGAGGGUUGUGGUAAAAAGAUGUAUAGUUUCCUCAGAGGAACCAAACAACUGCAGGUGCUUCGAUUUCUGGGAAUCUCUAUUGGAGUUACCCAGAUCCUGGCUAUGAUCCUCACUAUUACUUUGCUAUGGGCUCUGUAUUAUGACCGACGGGAUCCGAGGACAGAUCAGAUUCUAUCCUUAAAGAACGACACCACACAGCACUUGUCAUGUCAUUCAGUGGAGCUGCUGAAACCAAGCCUGACGAGGAUCCUUGAACAUACAUCCAUGGCGAACACCUUUAACACACACUUUGAGAUGGAGGAACUGUAGUUCUCAAUCUGACAACUUUUAAUUUGAAUACAGUGGCCUCUUUGUUUUCUGAGUGCACCAUUCUAGUUCAUCAUUAUUAGAAAAGAAAACAGACCAUGAAUGAAGACGCUCAUGAAGAAGGGUAGUGAAUCAAGAUCUUUGCUUUCGUUUCUUAUAACAGUUGUGGUUGUAAGGUUCUAACCAUAGCUUUACUACAAAAAUGACUGUUUUGCAGACCUUUGAGCAGUCUUUGCGAUUCAACACAAGAUAUACAUUAUGUAAAAUGCUGAUUUCAGCAGAAGAGUACUCAUAAUAUUUUACAGUUAGAAUCAUUUGACAAAAAAAAAAAAAUCAAGGCAUGACUUUUGGGAACUCUGAUUUUGUCUGAAGUUUUAACUUUUAUAGCCAUUCUGUUAGACUGAGGUGGAAACUUUUUCAGCACAGAAAGCCUUACUGAGAAUGAGAGGGCCACAGCUACUAUGGAUGUGCCCAACUAUGGCUUGAAGCACAAUCUGAGCCCUUUUGAGGAAAUAAGAAUGGGAACUUUAAGAAAAUGGAGAGCAGGUACUAAACUGCUCUCUGCCGCCACUUCCAGCUUCCUCCUGGGGCAGUGUAUGUCCCCCUUAAAACCUCACACUGUCAGCGUGCACAUGGCAUCCACACAUGCACAGGCACUAUUUGCAUGGUCAGCAAUACACUUUGAAACCUGAAACUUGAAAGCUUCACAUUCGCAGAAACUUGCAUUUUGGGAAGUAUACAAACGUGUUAAACAAACAAACAAACAAACACAGUGCUGACCACACAAAUGGUGCCCAUGAAUGCACAGAGGCCAUGUGCAUGCUGAUGGCAUGCAGGAUAUUUUGGGACACGUGCUGUCCCAGGGGGGAGGUGGAGAGCAGGUAAGCACCUGCCCCCCAUUUUCUUAAAGUUGCCCUUCUAAUUUCCUUAAAAGUGCUCAAACCACACUUUGAACUAUGGUUUGGGCACAUUCUUACCAGCUACUCAGUGAGGUCAUUCACACAAUCAAAAACUGUGUUUCUACCUAGGUUUGGGAGCAGUGUGUGCUCUCCAUUUUUGGUUGUGUGGAAACAAGGUAGGAGGAAAACCUGGCUUGAUUGAAGUGUUUGUGUGGAGACAAGGUAGGAGGAGAACUUGGGUCGCUUUUCCUCUUUCCUUGUUUCCACACAAUCACUUCUACCCACAUUUUCCUCUUACCUUGCUUCCACACAACUGAAAAUUGGGAGCAUACACAGCUCCCAAACCCGGGUGGAACACAGUUUUUGAUUAUGUGAAUGACCUCAGUGUUUGUCAGCCAUAUAUAAUUUAAGUAGAUCUUUGUGUCAGCUUGAAGAAAUGGUAGAUGGUGAGCCACAGCUGUUGGAUAUGUUGCACUCUGAUCUGCUUGUUCUGUAAUUGUUAAACACAGCUGAGAAAACCCUUAAGUCAGUCCCUUCAAAAUCUGAAAGUGUUUCCAAAAGCCAUGAGGUUGGCAGUACAGGGAUAUGUUUUUAAUUGCUUCCAUGCUUCAGGGAGUUUAGCAAAUAUUGUUCCAUUUUCAAAAUAAUCAACAUAACCAUGUGGGCCAGAAACUUGAAAGCUUCACAUUCUCAGGAUUUAGCAAGAGCACAUGAACCCUGAUCAAGCAAUUGGUAUUGCACAUGAGAAAAUAAUUCACAGUGGCACCAGUCAUUUGCCAUGGAUAGAAUGAUGGGAAAGUGCACAGGCAUCCUUGUAUAGGAAGGACGCCAAUAUUCAUAUUGUCCUUUGUUGGGUACAUGGUGAAACAUCUGCACAUGCAAUUCAGUGGACCUGCACCACAUCCUUGUGUGUUGGUUAGCUUACUAAUACAGUCACAUGCAUGCAGAAGUUGAUUCUUUUAGAUCUUCCCUUUUUAUCCAUUCAUUGCAACAUCCAGCAGAUGGAUAGAACAACUUUUCUGAGCAUGCAUGAGGCAAACCUAUGGACAAACUAAUUGCUGGUUCAGGGCAAUGGGGUGCAAAAAUUUGCCUUGGGAAAGCAUAUUUCAGCCCCUGUGCCAAGCCAUUAUGGAAAUUGCCUCGAAAAGAUCAGGGAUAUAUUUGUAUAUAAACAGUGUGUGUGUGUAUAACAUAAUUACAAUUCAUAUGAAUGCUUGGUUUUUAAAGCUUCAGGUGUUUGUAAAAAGAAGCAUCUUUUUUUAGCAGCACUUUUAUUUAGCUGUUUUGUUAAGAGGUAUGAACAAUUUUUUUUCUAACAUGACUUUUUAAUUUUCAAAUUAAAUUAUGUGAAUUUAAGAGAAUUUUUAAAUACGAUAAAUGAGUAGACUUACUAUAUCUGAAAUGUGAUCCACUUUUAGGAAAAAAUUUUAAAGUAGUGUAUGAUUUUUGGAACUGGAUUUAUUGAAGAGAGAUUGUACGUUUCCAAACAAGGAACGAUUAAAAUAAUGCAUUAUAUGCCAGAUUAAACAUUUGUAAGCCACAUUGAUUUUAGUGGGACACAUUGGUUGACAUCCAAAGUAAAAAAGCAAGUGAAGCAAAUAACAGCACUUUCAGACUAACUGUACCAGAGAAAGGGUGAUUUUGACUUCCUCCUCUUCCUCUGUGCCUCUCAAAAAUAUGUCCCUGAGUGUACAUGUAUCAAAAAUAUGUCAUCCUGAAGGCUGUCAAAAAUCACCCCUUCUCUAGUUCCUCACUCUGGAUGUCAACCAUUAUUAUGAUUUUAUCAUUCAUGGACAGGUCUAUCAGUGGCUCCUAGUCAUGGCUAUAUGCUACCUCCAGGUUUCAGAGUUAGUACACUUGAAUACCAGUUGUUGGGGAACAAUGGCAGGCAAGGGGGGUAUUUCCUUGAUCUUCUGCCUUCCUGGACCAUCUGGCUGACAACUGUGGAAAGCAGAAUGCUGGAUUAGAUAGGCCUAUGCUCUGAUCCAGCAAAGCUCCUCUUACAUUUAACUCUCCUGUUGAACUUAAUUGAGAACUGUUUAACUCUGGCUGGAAUUUGUCCUUAGGUUUUGGUCUUCAUUUGUAGCAGUGACUUGGGUCACUUGCUUGAAUCAUCUGGAGCUGUUUACGGUAAUCGCCGGCUUUCUCCUUCGGGCAUAGCGUAGCCUAGACUGUGGGAGAGGAUCUGUGGGUGCAUCAUGAUGAACAAUUAGCUUAGACAGCCUUUUGGUCCCCUUCAGCUCUAUGAUCCCAUAACUGCAGAUUAGUUGCCUGCAGCUACAGAGAAUACAACAGCAGAUGCAAGAAAUUCAUUUGCAUCAAUUUUUCACUAAGAAUUUUUGGGUGGCUUAAGUUGCUAAUUGGCAACAAGACUAAACUAUAUUUAUUGUGUUGUGAAAAGUGCAUUUUACUGUAUUUUAUAUGUACUAUAGAAUUAUUUUUUCAGCUAGCCAGAUUCUUCUUCUGUAUACGAUAGCAAUAAAUUCAAAUGAACUUUUGAGUCUUGUGUGAGCCACUUAAAAGCUUAUUACUUUUCUACCUGGGGAGUUAAUCAUCCAUAGCCUCUGACUGCAUGGCUAAGACCAGUUUGAUACCCCUCUAACUGCUGCUCAGAGAUCUGGGGAAUGGGGUGGGAGGGUAGUGCUGUACUAAAGCAAAUGGCUGGACACUACAGGCUACUUCAUCCCCUCAUUAGCUUCUAAGUGGCUACCAUGUGGCUCUGGGUCCUAUGAAUUCAUGAAGACACAGUCCACUGGGCACUUCUGCUGUGCAAUACCUUUAUUCCUGGACAAUUCGCAUCAGUUUCAGUGGGGCUUGACCAGAAGACAUCCCCUAUGGAGUGCACCUGCAGGGGCAACAGUAACCUGUUGCAAGCGGGGAUUUGUAUUCUUAUAUGAUCUUAAAAUUGUUCCAGGUUGCACUGGGACUGAUGAGAGAGAGGAAAACUGUGUUUGAUGUGGCCAGCAAUAAAACCACUACUGUUCUA